UCAACGAGAAUGAGUUGUCGACGCCGCACGAGAAGGACCCAGAGCGCCUGACAUGAAAACUGGAGGAAGUAGAAUGAUUCAAGCUUUUAAUUUUUUACAGUAUUAACAAAAGAGAAAAAUCACACAAAACAACCAUGUUUAUCACAUCACAAAACUCCCCGCCGGUGUUUAAGGAUCUGACACUUGUUAUGCCAGCGGUGGCGGUGGGCAACGUGGGGCAACUGGCGGUGGACCUCCUCAUAUCCACGCUCAGCCUGCCCAGGGUGGGCUACCUGCACACGGACUGCGUCAUCCCCAUGGCGGGCAACAACCCGUACGCCACCGGCCAGGACGACGCGGGGGAAUUGCAUACGGCCUCAGAAGUAUAUGCCGCACCUGAGCUCAAGCUAGCGGUUCUUCAGAUCAGGUCACCAGUUGUCAAGAGCAAAUCCAGACGGUUCCGUCAGCUGCUGCUGUCGUGGAUCAAGGCCAGCGGCUUCUCCCGGACACUGGUCCUGUCCAGCAGCCACGCCUACCAGAGGGACGACCAGCAGCUGCGAGGCACUCCGUUCAGGUACCUGGUCACGCCGAGCCUGCUGAGGAGUAGCGGUGAUGCCUUCAAGGAGCUGGGCUGGAGGGAGCUGGAGAGGCUGCCUCUUUGUCUGGGACGUUUAGACGCCGGCGCAGACGAGACAAAACUCGCUAUCCCCGGCGGCGGCAUCACGAAAGGCCUCUACACGGACAGUUGCAGAGAGGACGUGCCUCUGGCCGUGCUGCUGCUCUUCUGCUCGGAGGGAGACAACGUGCCCGACGCCCUGUCGCUUGUCAGUCACCUGGACGACUGGCUCCACCUGCUGGACGACGCGAGCCGGGAGGUCAAAUGGAAGAUCCCAACUUCCUGGAAUUUGCUGUUUGGAAGCGGCAUCCCUCCAGCCAUCUUCUGAAUCACUUUUUGUAACCUUGCUCUAGAUUUCAUUAAAAAGUUCUAUCACCGAGAA